AUGAUAAUCCCGCUAGUGCUACUUUUUCCAAUCAUCAAUGCCUAUUUCGAGCAAAAACUCACCAGAAAUGUCUACCAGUAUCAACAAUUCAAAAUCAACGAAAAGGUGACUGCUGUAGCACCUAAAAAAUGUCCAUCGGAUCUCCUCAACUACACACAUAGUGACACGUACGUCAGUCAAAUUUGUUUUAAUAAAAAUGUUUAUUAUAACGUUGAGGUUAUCUUGGGAGACAAUAUUACAAGGAACAAUACAUUUUAAUUAGCGGUAUUUUGAAAAAAUAAUUUUAGUUAGAUCUAACAUCUCCAUGGACUUGGUACAAAUAAAAAGACUGUAUUAGUUGCAAAAAAAUUAAACCUUUAGAAUAUGAAAUUGAUGAUGAAUGCAAACGUAAUAGCAAGAAUAAUAAUUGUUUUAAUGAAUAAUUUAAUAAAUCAUUUAAUGCUGCAAAAUGGAAUGAUAUCAAAGUGCAUGGCUAAAUAUACUCCUAAAAUUCAUUAAUUCAAGGAACCUUUCAAACAGAUACUAUUUAAAUGCUAGCAUAUAACUCAUCCUCAAAAAUGACAAUCUCCCAAUAUAUUGCUUAUGAAUGGGGAAACUCCACUCCUCCAUCACUUGUGAGCAUAACAGGAUUACAGAUGCUCUAGGUUCAAUAUAUAAAUAAUGAAUUGCCUAUUCUUGCAGAUGGAGUAAUAGGAUUUGGAUUUGGAUAUACAGAAACAGAUGAUGAAAAAGCAAAAAGUGAUGCAGAUUUCGUCGAAAAACUAGUUCAAGAAAAGACAAAACUCAAUUUAACUAAAUAGCUAUUUGCCUUAUACACUUAUGAGAGUGCGGUGAACUUUUCUGACAUGGUUGUACAAGUUGGUGGAAUAGAUGAAAAAUAUAUUCGUAAAUAAAAAUCAAAUGGAACUUGGAUCGAUCGUUUAGAGAAAUCAGGAUAUUAUUGGAUGGUAGAAAUUAACAAAAUUGAAUUAAAAGUACAUUCUCAUUAUUUAAAUCGUAGAACUCAGAAGGAAGAGAUAUUAUUAAUACUGAAUUACCUAUUAAGAAAGCCUUCUUCACUUUGAAUUCCCAAUUUAUAGAGUUGCCGUAUGAUAUGAUGAAAGCCUUGACUCUAAACUUAUAGUAGUUCCACUCUAAUACAGCCUGUGAUUUAGUAGAUUCAGAUGUAUUUCAUCAAUAUACCUUUAGAUGUAUAUAUUAUAUUGUAAGAAUCUCCCCAAGUCAAUCUAAACUGAUUAUAUCUUGACCUUCACUUUUGGCAACAACUAAAUUUCCAUUAACAAUUCUAAUCAUCUAUAUAGAGAAUGCAACUCUUCUAGUGAAGAUAACCGGAUUUGGGAUUGCCUUUUCAAUAUCAAGUUUUCGCAAUCUGAAUAUGUGAUAUUGGGUGAACCCUUUAUGAAAAAUCAUUAUAUUGUAUUUGAAAAUACACCAGGCAAUAACACAAGGAAAAUUGGAGUGUUCUAAGCAGCUACUCAUAUGUACUAUCCUGACAAUCCAAAUCAAUAUGAAUGGCCAUUGUUUAAUGCCAUUCUAUUUAUCUUCAUAUUCGGUCUUAUCAGUGUAUGUUCAAUCACAUUUUUGAAGUCUUUAUGUAAAGACUUAUUUAGAUCAUUCAAAUAUAGAAAAGUAAUCACAUUGUUAAUUGAUAGGCAUAAAAUCCUGAAGAUCAGCAAUCUCUGAGAAUUUCCAAAGAUAUUGACUAUGUUGACUAUUCUACAUAAGAAGAAGUCUAAAGUUAAAUAAAAAAUAUUGAGAUGAGUGAUUAAAGAAAAAUUGAAGAAUGGAACAAAUAAUAAGAGUAGUUUAAGUUUGGAGAAUAGUUUGCAAACUCAUUAGAAUCAAAUUCAUUAUGA